CACCACCCUCCCACACCGCACCACCCACACACCACCCCACACACCACCCCACACACCACCACACACACCACCACACACACCACCACACACACCACCCCACACACCACCCCACACACCACCCCACACACCACCCCACACACCACCCCACACACCACCCCACACACCACCCAACACACCACUCCACACACCACCCAACACACCACUCCACACACCACCCAACACACCACCCCACACACCACCGCUCACAACGCUCACAACGCUCACAACGCUCACACGCUCACACGCUCACACAUGAAAGAAUUGGACCAGUGUUGAAAAAAGAAGAUACGAUUAAAAAAAAAAAUGGAUAGAACUUGAUCCAGAGAUCCAACGCUCACGGAGCUUGAACGCUAACCACUCGACCACCCCCAUCUCGCGCUCAUGGUCGCAACGCUCCGGUACAUAUUCCACGCGUAUAACUUCUCUUGCGAUUAUCUCGAAGAGGCCCAAGUAGUACGCCUUACUACUUGCACAUUGUGUUGUCCUAAUGGACUACUAAAAUUGUAUAAAGUUGGAAUAAAAUCCCUGAUCCGAACGUCGUAGCGUCAUCUUGUAAGUUACGUGUGGCGUCUCUAUUCUCGCUGGCCGCCGAUCGGGAGAGCUCGACUGCUACAGGGCUGUCGGAACCUGCCUUCACGAUCGGCAACUCGCUAUCAAACACGGCGGCUUGGAAGUGUGGUGGCAACCGUUACCUAUAAACUAGACAUUCACGCAUUUGUUGUUUAGGCACUACUUACAUUAUUCUUAAAGUAAAUUUAUUUACAUUUAUGUAUUUCUGUUUUAUUACCUAUUCUUCCAAUAAUACAUAAUGUCCAUAAAAUAAUGUCCCAGUUAUAAAUUCUAGUAGUAUCAACUGUAAGCGUUGUAGAGUUUUGGUCCAAGGUCACAAUUAAAGAGUAACUCAAACUGUUUAUAUAAGUACUGCUUUGUUGUUUUCUCGCUUGCAGCGCCACCUACGCAAAAUGGUGAUUCCCGAGCGUAAAGCGUUUUGUAUUCCUCAGUUUUCUGAGAGUGAAUCUGUAAUUUUAGCCCUCACCAUUGGAAUACCUUUGUACGAGAGUGGUUGAAGGUUGAACGUCGGUCAAAAAACCUGACCGUUGGAUUGGUCGUAGUGGUCUAGAUGGCAGCUCUUUUUCGUUGGCCUCCUCGUUAACCUGACAACGCCAAGCGAUUUUUUUUUUCCUUUGGGGGGCUUUAUAAAAAAAUAAUGUCUACGUUCCGCCGCUACCUAAUGAUUUGUCAGAGUUGAAACACAGAAUUGAAGAGGCUAAAUUGCUUUCAUUACUCCGGACAUGUUAACCAAAAUGGGGGAAGAAUUGGACUUUAGGUUGGAUAUGUGCUGUAUAACCAAAGGUGCACAUAUUGGUCAUUUGUAAGAAAAACUAGGUUAGUUUACCUUCAAUUUUAUGUAUGAUUUGUUAUAGUUAUAAACUGUUAUAUACCAUUGAAACUGGGAUUAAGUGUUACCUUGUCUUGCCUUGCCUACUUUAUCAGCAUACGUAUUCAGAUAUUGUUUAGUGGUAUUUUGUAUUUAAUAUUAUAAUUAAUAUUUUCAAGACUUAGAUUUUAAAUAUCUUGUUUCAAUAUGCUCAAAAGAUUUCAUAUUUAUUCAAACAAUUAAGUUAAUAGGGUGUAUUUUGUCGUUUGAAAUUGCACUGAUAAAGUAAGGUGCGAUAAACUUAACUCAUUGUCUAAUGUAAUAAAAAACCAGCGAAACUUCUUUAUUUAAUUUUUGUGGAUGAAAAUGAUUACUAAAUCACUUUGAAGAGUAAAAAAGGAAAAAAAAAAUUCAAUUUGUUGUAUAACCAUACCCAAAACAGUUUUACUCAGCAAUAUGGCAUGCCAUGCAAUCACCCUAACCACUGAGCUAUAUCAACCUAUGUUAAAUUGGCCUCACUACUAUAACACAUAUUUGAUUGUAAAAUGCAGAGUAGGCUUGAGAAUUAGCGUGUAUUUAUUUAUAGUUGAUCAGUAUUCUGUUUUAAACUUUAAAAAGUUAUUAAGUGCUUCAGUGUUUAAAGAUGAAUUUGUCUAGUAGCCAUAAUGUACUUUCAUACAAUUCAGACAUAAAAUGAUAAUAAUCAAGCGAUUGGGUUACAUUUAAUUAAACAAGAUUUUCAUUGUGUGACCUGCACAUGUUUUUUCGUACCACGAAUACCUACCAUACCCAAAUGCACACGUGUAGAAACCUAAAAUAAUUUAUAGGCAUACAGCUGGAACUUCACUUUUCCUCUUUUCGUACUAAACGAAGACUGUAGACUUUCAUUUGCGACAUGGCAUUAUAUACUAUAUAUGCGGUUCCACGUUUUUACAGUAUCUUAUCGUUUUGUAAGCACAGAGUUUAAAUACAUAACUAAGGUUUAGUGAUAAAUCAUGAAUAUUUAACGGCUGUUUAGUGUUGCCAUGUGUUUGUCUGGUACACUCCGGAUGGGGAAGCAGAAGAGAAUCGUUAGAACCGAACGUUGCCGAGAGAACGGACCCUUGUACCGGUAGAGCACUUAGAUUAGCAUGUCAGACACUUCUAGGUCAAACUGAUUUGUUCCGAUCGGCGAGGGAACACUAUGUCGGAAACGACCUCGAAAUCUUACGAUAGAACAAACGAGAAACUGCAAAUACACCCCCUGAAUACAAGCUAGUUCCUCCCCUCCCCCCCCCCCCCCCCACCCAUUUAUUCUCUUCAUAAACGCAUGGAUGCGUUGUAUGUAUUUUGCACGUUUCUAAGGUCGUGAUCUCUCAUAUUAUUCUGUGUUUCUAAGUUUCUACGUAGUCAUUUCGAGACUAGUAUGCGCUAUCCUAAAUUACAAUUGACGUUUGAUUUUUUUUUUUUUUUUUAACAAACGUGCGUGUAUUGUGGUGUACAAUUUAAAACAAAUGCACUGUGACUACUGCUUUAGCUCUGAUGUUGACCGUUUUUCUGGCGUAAUCCUACGCCAUUCACAGAUAUACAGGGUGGCCACCGACCCGGGAAAAACCGGGAAACCUGGAAAAAGUCUGGAAUUGGAAAGGACCCGGGAAAAAUCUGGAAAUAAUCUUGAAUUUUACUAGUCAUUAGGGAAAAGUUCGUUUGUGUGCCCCGCUUUUACACGCAGCGUCUGACUUGCAAGAAACUGCGUCGGCUUUAGUUUCGAAUUUAAUUAAUUUUUCAGCUGUUUAUUUACUAUAUCUAUGUGUUUUACGACUUAACGGGAAGUCAAAACAUUCAUUUUACGUAUUUGAAGACGUUCGUGUUUUCGUACCUGUACUUGUUCUAAAUGACUAACGAAAAAAAAAAAAAAUACUUUACCCAGGUCUACCACCAUAAACAUCGUUUCUAACAGUAAUACGCUCCACGAAUGCGUGGGUAAUACAAUGGUAGUACAUGAGUUUGAAUUCAGCAGUUGGUUGCAAUGAUCGGUCGUAGGAACCAAUGACAAAAUUAUAUGCGUUCUUAUAUUCUUAUUGGCGUAUUGCGCAGUUUUUUCGUUUGUGAGGUAUGAGGAGGGUUUAGAAGAUGGCGAUGGUGCGUCGAUUGUUUAGCGGAACACGAACGUGAAUAAUUUUUUGUUUGUAGUUUUUGGAAGCAUGAGUAUCUUGUAGCAGUGAAUGCAGGAGGGAGGUUAGGAUCAUGUCAACGAGAUAUUCCUGUCGCUAUGAGGUGGAGUUUCCGUGGGCCACCGAGGACCCUAAAGACAAAGGUAGCGCAAAGUGCAAGAUCUGUGCGAAAAGUUUUAAGUUAGAUACUAUGGGCAGAGGUGCCUUUUUAAGCCACGCCAAAUCGAAAUUUCACCAAAAUGCGAAGUCAUGCCAAGAUAGAAAUAUGUACGUUACUGCAUUUUUUUCCACUCAUCCUGGUCAACACCAUGAAGCUGUUCCGUCUUGCAGCAAAGGUAUUGCUGCACGACAUGAACAAGCGAAUCAUGUCGAUCCUGAUCAGAAGUCAUCUGUAGAUAACUUGGUAUCAACUAUCGAUACCAGCGAGACUCCAAAUCGAAAUGUUCUUCAAAGGUUCCUUUUGGGGGAACAUAUUACGAGGGCGGAAAUUUUGUGGGCUCUUCACACUAUUGUUGGUCACACAUCACUUCGUAAAGCAGCUGAAAGUGUAUCAGUCAUGAAACUCAUGUUUCCUGACUGUGCGGUCACUCAAAAAAUGGAGUUGCAGCGUUCGAAGAUUGGUUAUCUAAUUAACCAUGGCAUAGCUCCAUAUUUUGAAAAAGAAUUGAAGGAGCUGGUAAAAAAAUCAUCUGAAAUUGUUAUUGGUUUUGAUGAAAGCCUAAACAAGGUUGUUCAGCGUGAACAAAUGGAUAUACAUGUCCGCUUCUGGGAUGAAGAACUCAACAUGGUGCAGUCUAGGUAUUUCACGUCAGUUUUCCUAAGCUCUACUCGAGCCCAAGAUCUAUUGAAGGGACUCAAGAAUGUUUUAGGACAUGAAAAUUUGAGAAAAAUUAUUCAAGUGUCCAUGGAUGGGCCCUCUGUGAACUGGAAGCUAUCUAAGGAUCUAGUUACUGAAUUGCGUGAAGAAAUAGGUCGUGAAGGUUUUGACCUAAUCAACAUUGGCAGCUGUGGGCUUCAUGUUGUACAUGGUGGGUUUAAAGAAGGAAUAAAAGUGACAGGAUGGUGUGUAGUCGGGUUCUUAAGAGCGCUUUAUUAUCACUUCAAGGAUGUUCCUCUGCGGAGAGCAGAUUUCUCAUCUUGCACAGGUUGCACUGUAUUCCCCCUUAAAUUUUGCUGUGUGAGAUGGGUGGAAAAUAAGAAAGUUGCUGAAAGAGCUUAUGAACUACUGCCACAUAUGAAGACUUAUGUUGAAGCCAUCGAAAAGCAAAUAAAGGACAAAGUGAAACCUAAAGAUUCACACUUCAAACGAAGUUUUCCUGCUCUUAAAGAAUCCCAAAAUUUCAAGAUUAUUUGUAGUGCUGUAAAGGAUGAGAUGAUGGGUGCCAAACUGGCCUUUUUCACUGCUGGAGCAUCACUUGUAGAACCCUUUCUACGAGAAUUUCAGAGUGAUGACCCAAUGGCACCAUUCUUGCAUCAAGAACUUCAGGCACUCACAACCACUGUGCUUAAGAGAGUUGUUAGAAAAGAGGUUAUCGAAAGUGCUCAAUCAAUUACAAACAUUGACUUGUCGAAAAAUGAAAACCUUCUGCUGGCAAAUCAGGUGGACAUUGGUUUUGCAGCUACAGAUGCUCUGAAGAAGGUACGAGGUCAGCUUGCUGAGAAGGUUGUGCUACAAUUUAAAAAUGACUGUAGAUCAUUUUAUGUUGGCUUCCUUCAAAAGGUUCUGCAGCGUUCUCCACUUGCAUAUAGUCUUACUAGACAAAUCUCCUGUAUCAACCCUGAGUUGAUACGUAGUAAACCAAACCUUGCUGAGAAAAGAAUUAAAGCAUGCUUGGAACUUCUAGUUGAAAAGCAACAGAUCCCGGGGUCCACCGCUGACAAGAUUCUGCAAGAAUACCAAGAAUUUAUCCAGAUAGCUUCCGUGGGAGAAGCCAUGAAGUCUUAUCAUCGCCAGAAUCAGCGUCUAGAUUUGUUCUACGUGCAGGUUAUGGUGGAAUCUGGCAAAUCAUUUCCAAGUUUACUACUAUUUAUCAAGCAUUUGCUUAUUCUUUCCCAUGGAAAUGCUGCUUUGGAACGUGGUUUUUCCGUAAAUUCGGAUUGUCUGGUUGAAAAUCAAACUGAGGAUAGUCUUAUUGCACAAAGAAUUGUGUAUGAUGCUGUCAUGAAUUCUAAGGGUGUGCAACAUGUGCAAAUUACUAAAUCGCUUAUCCACUAUGCAAGGAAUUCUUGUGCGCGUUAUAAGGAGCAUCUGGAGAGUAAAAGAAAGAAGGUAGAGGCUGAAAAAAGUGAAAGGGACAAGAAAAGAGAAGCUCAAAAAAAUCUAAGGGAACUGGAGGCAAAAAAGGCGAAAAUAAUGAAUGAUGCCUUAAAAGAGGCAGCCCUCAUUGAUGAAGAAAUAAAAAAACUUUAAAUGGUUCAUGUGUGUGGAAAAGUGAGAAUUUUUGUAUCAGCGAUUUUUAUUUAAAUAAAAUAACACUUUAUAUCAAGAACACUUCAAAAUACUUCAAAAUGUUUUUGUAAUUUGUUCACUGAUUGGUGAGUAUUCUUGGUUUUAAUAAAUUCUUAAAGUGAUUAUUGUUAUAGUGUCCUUGAUGUCGGUAAACAACAUUAAUCAAAACAAUUGAAAAACUAUUUCAAAAUAUAUUUUUUUGCCACAUAUAUGUCAAUUUUUUUAAACCUGGAAAA